AUGGCUUCUUCCUCCUCGAACGUGGUGGGCGUCCACUACCGCGUGGGCAAAAAGAUCGGCGAGGGUUCUUUUGGUGUCAUCUUUGAGGGCACCAACCUCCUGAACAACCAGCAAGUGGCUAUCAAAUUUGAACCUCGGAAGAGCGACGCUCCCCAGCUUCGCGAUGAGUACCGGACGUAUAAGAUUCUGGUUGGAUGCCCCGGUAUUCCCAAUGUGUACUACUUUGGCCAGGAGGGCCUGCACAACAUUCUCGUGAUCGACCUUCUGGGCCCCAGUCUCGAAGACCUCUUUGAUCACUGCAACCGCCGGUUCACUACCAAAACCGUUGUUAUGGUCGCGAAACAAAUGCUGUCGCGCGUCCAAACAAUCCAUGAGAAGAACUUGAUCUACCGCGAUAUCAAGCCGGACAACUUCCUUAUCGGUCGUCCGUCUACCAAAGCCGCCAACGUCAUUCAUGUGGUCGAUUUCGGAAUGGCCAAGCAGUAUCGCGACCCUAAGACCAAGCAACACAUUCCUUACCGUGAGCGGAAGUCACUGUCCGGUACUGCUCGGUACAUGAGUAUCAAUACUCACUUGGGCCGUGAACAAUCUCGUCGCGACGAUCUGGAAGCCCUCGGACACGUCUUCAUGUACUUUUUGAGGGGUGGUCUUCCUUGGCAGGGUCUGAAAGCUGCCACUAACAAGCAGAAGUAUGAGAAAAUCGGCGAGAAGAAGCAAACAACUGCCAUCAAGGAUCUCUGUGAAGGAUAUCCAGAGGAAUUCAACAAGUAUUUGAGCUAUGUUCGCAACCUCGGCUUCGAGGAUACACCCGACUACGACUACUUGCGUGACCUGUUGACCCAGGCCCUCAAGAACGCCGGCGAGGUGGAGGAUGGAGAAUAUGACUGGAUGAAGCUGAACAACGGUCGUGGCUGGGACUACAAGUCGUACCCAUCUCAGGCUCACCUCCACAACCAGCACCAAAGUUCUUCGGGUCGAGAACUGCAGGGCACCCCCCCCCCAUCCCCAGCCAACAAAGCCGGAGCUGGCAAGCAACGCGAGCGACAGAGCGCCUCGGGCGUGCCACCCAAACGUCAGAGCGGGAAUUUGGAAGGCAAUACCCCGGCCGCGUCCACGCAGGCUCAGUUCCAAAACUCCAAUGCUCAUCUUCCUGCUCGCAUGGGAAGCCCUGGCAAUCCUGGUAUGACCGGUCAGCCAGCUGGUGGGCAAGGGAACAGUGACCCGCAGCCCACCUUUGUCCAAAAAAUGAUGAAGGCUCUGUGCUGCGGUAGGUGA